ACGGAAGUGGCGUUAGCUUGUUGUUAGCGUGUGAGACUAGUUAGCUGUCUCGCUACAAAAACAAGGCAGCGUUUUUCUAACUCAGCUACUUCUUGGUUUUAGUCGGUAAAGAUGCAACAAACGUAUGUUUGUUGUUCCUGUGCCAAGUCUGUUAUUUUAUUUCCUCUGACAUAAUAUAAACAGGGAACUUCUAACGUUAGCUUAGCAACCUCUGCUCGCUGUGCUGUAAAGAGCUAUGGACCCCCACAGAUCCAGCAUCAGCUGUCACAGCCAUCAGUCCUCGUACAAAAGACAAAGAGACGACAGUGGCAGAAGUCCUCGUGAGAAUAAACACUUCAGAACGAACACACAGCACCAGUAUCGGUCUGAGUCGGCUCUGGGUCAAAACCCUUUGAGCUGCAGGACUUUAAGCACGAGAAGAGAGCUUUAUGAAAGAGACUUUCCUGUUUACAAACAGCCUGUGGAAGUGGGAUGUUUUUCCCUCGACUCUGAGCGUAGAUUCUUCAACGACAGCAGGCAGAUGAGGUACUACGUGGAGCCUGACAGGAAUCCAAAUUUCAACCUGAGGGAUGGAUACAGGGAUCGCUUUAUAAAAAGAGACGACAGUGUGAAGGAGAGGCUGGACCAUAUUCUCCGGUGGAUUGUAGCCAAUAAAUCAAAGAUUAACCCAACAGGGGCAGCAGCCUCACCUCGCGCUUUAGAUGUCGACUUUGUGACAUGGCGGGGCCACCUAACUAAGCUGCUGACCACUCCUUAUGAGACAAGGGAAGGCUGGUUGUUAGCAGUCACCAGGUUCAGGGGCACAUUUUACAUCAGUGAGGUGGAAACGGAAGCUGCUCGCAGGGAACGGGAGAACCGCACCGAGAGGCAUGAAGAGAUGAUGUACUGGGGAUACAAGUUUGAGCAAUACACAUGUGCAGACAAUACCCACAGUCUACCUGACCCUGGUGGAGUGGUUAACACCAACGAGGCCUUCUGCACUGUGGUGCAAACUCGGCUCGCGGAUCACAGACUGCUGUUCUCCGGCGAGGUGGACUGUCGAGAUAAAGAUCCCAAAGCUCCGGCUGCUCCUGCCUGUUACGUGGAGCUGAAGACCUCUGCAGAGAUCUGCACCCCCAAACAGCGCAGCAACUUCCACAGGUUCAAACUGCUUAAGUGGUGGGCCCAGUCUUUUCUCCCGGGAGUCCCUAGAGUGGUGGCAGGUUUCCGAGAUCAGGAAGGUGUCGUUGUUUCCGUGGAGACCUUUCACAUUUCUAAGAUCUCCCAUCUCAUCAAGAACGAGUAUAACUGCUGGAAGCCGACAGUAUGCAUGAACUUUUGCUGCGAUUUCCUGUCUUUUGUGAAGCGUGUAGUUACCGAAGACAGUCCUAGAGUGGUGUACCUGUUCUCCUGGGAUCCCUACAAAGAUGUCACCUACUCUGCCCACAGAGACUCUCAGUAUUGCUUCCUGCCACACUGGUAUGUUGAGGAGAUGACGAGAAGUGAAGACUCCCAAUAUGAGCCUAAAGCAUAAUUUAUACUUCUGCACUGAAGUCUGAAAGCCUGGAGUUGAUUCAUUCCCUUCCAGUCAAUUAGAAGAGGAGGAAACAGGCCAAUCACAGUUGUUUUGAGGAAGGGAGGUGCAUGUCAGCAUAGGAUAUUGUGACGUAAGAUUUAACCCUACGUAUGGCUCUGAUAAACUGAAUUGCAGAAGUAUAAAUUCCACCUGAGGCAUGGUCACGAAUGCAUCAUUAUCCUGUAGACCUCCAGUGGAGGACAUUUAACGUGGUAAACAUUUGCAUGAGCUCACCAAUCACUACUCAGUCUUCUGGGGGGGAUUCUUUUAUUUUAUUUUUUUAAAGCAGUGAUGAACUACAUUUUAUCUGGCAUGUAAUGAUCUAAACAAAACACAAUUAAAGAAAUCAGUAUUGUUUCUCAAUCUUUUUUUAUUCCCUGGUUAUAACAAUAAUUUACAACCCACAAACAGUGUUAUAUUUAUUUAAACAAAAUUAGAAAAUCUGUGUUGUGUUUUUUUUGUUGUUGUAAAUGAGUCAAGAUGAUAUCAAAUAAGAACUGGAUGUAAACAAAGUUCAUUUUGUAAAAUAUAAAAAGCAAAAUUGUAAAGCUUUAAUCAAAAAAAAAAACAAAAAACCAAACAGUUGGAGCUGUUUUUCCUAACUGCUACCAAAUAUAAGUGACAACUGGCAGAGGAGCUGAAAUCUGGUAAAUGUGUCACUUGGCUAGAGUAUUGAUAGAACAACAAAAGGUCUAAAGGCUGCGGUGUUAAAGGGAAGCGCCUCUCUUGGUUAUAACCAAGACGUAAAGAGAGAAAAACCAGUUUAACAACAACAGCAGCAGGAGGAGUGGAUCAACUGUCAACCGGCAUCAAGUUGAAAGGCAGCAUUAACUGUCAUUUACCACAUCAGAGAGAGAGAAAGUACUGUGACAAAUACUGUGAAUCACUGCGAUCCCCGACAAGUUUACACUACUCGCAGGGAACUGAUAGACAUAAUGGAAGACAUCUGUGUGAAAGAAAAAGAGCGCACGUCGAACACUGCGAUAUUGAAAACAGUAGAAAAAACUCAGUGCAUCAAGUGUUUGUGUAGAUCAACAGUCACUGAAUAACUUACAAACGAGUGACAAAAAAAA